AUGAAGCAUUAUUGUAUUUCGUCAUUUGAAGGUGAUGAAAGAUAUUUGGCGACGUGGUCUGGUAUGCAGAUACCUCUGGCAAAGCUAUCUGAUUCUGGAAAAUAUUAUUGCGUCGUACGGAACACAUUCACAAAUCAGUCCCGAAAAUCACCAAAUGCCGUCACGCUGGAGACAAACAAUUUUCUGAAAGAACGGCCACCCGAUGUCCAAUAUGGUUCAUCAGCUAAAUUUUUUGGCCUGCAAACGAUCUUUUUGCUCCGUGUUGGAAAUGAAAUCAUAUUCGUAAAUUUGCUACAGGUAUUAGCGAAAAGAUACAACAACAUCGAGCCUGUGCUUGUAUAUCCAGAAACACGGUCAACCGCUUCCGAAUCCAUAGUUGUUGACGUUGUUAAGGGACAAACAGUACUUUUGGAGUGCAUUGUAACAUCAGCAAAAAUCGUCUGGACAAGGUUACAUUCUGGAAAAACAGAAAUAUCGCUGAGUAGCGAGAAGGCGAGAUUUCGUCAGAUUUUUGGCAAUUUACGAAUUCAGCAAGUGAACGAGGCGGAUACAGGCAUCUAUAUAUGUGAAAGUUCAGCGCUGUUUUCGCGCGGUGUUGUUGAUGAAUACCCAAAAGUUUAUUAUAACUUACGUGUGCAUGCACCAACGGAUGUACAGCUUAUGCUGGGACAAAUUACUGCCGACAAAAGUUGGAGGGCAAGUUCUCGUCGUUUUUCUGCCAGGAGCUUCCGAUAUAUUAGUGCAAGUCAUCGAUAUUCCUGGGAUACGUCGAGUGCAGCUGCGCUCCUUUCCGGAGCUACUUGCCUCAUUCUGUCUUUCGCACUGAGCUGUUUGGCUUUAAAUUUACAUUACGAAAUCCCGAUGGUUUAUAUGAAUGGACUAGCGUUGAUUGAUGCUAUGGAUCAGCUUGGUGUACCGCCACAUACAAAUUUCUUCACAAAUCCGAUUAAUGCAACGUUGACAUCGAACGUUGCAUUAUCUGGUAGUGUCCAGUGUAUUUCAAGACCAGCAAUGGAUGAAGCCGAAGUGUACGGAAAUGGCUUGGAACGCGGUCGCGCGAUGAAUUUAUAUGUAGAUAAUCGACUCAAUCAGCAAAUCAAUUUGAUCUUACAAGGACCGGAAAAUUCUACAAAAACUGUUGGUGAAACAGCGCAGCUGGUUUGCUUGGUGGUACCGCGGACGACCCGAACUAUUUGGACCAAAGGUUUGCUCUUUGCUUUUCCGCGAUGUUCUUUUUAUUGCGACUGAAUAUACCUUGAAUACCUUGAACAGCUGUUGUUUCAUCGAUCUCUGAUGUCACGCCAUCGAUGCAGC